CCUGAAGUUGAAGUUGAAGAACGCAAGAUGAUUCCUGAUACGGAACGUGCCCGUGAAUUGAUCGAGGCGUGGCAGCAGGAGUACGAAGGCGGCGCCCUGGACAACUUCUUGGAAGCAAUAAAGUGGUACGAAUCGAAUUAUCGACCCAAAAUCCACUACGGCCGUACGAUCUCCAUAUUGCAGUCGAGUGGCACAGGCAAGUCGCGACUGGUUGAUCAGCUUGCCUCGGUGCAUCCUGUACUCAGUGUAGUCUUCCGAAAGACGGAUGACGUAACAGAAGGCUGGCCACCUAGGGAUCGUCCAGUUCUGGAGUUCUUUGAAUAUCACUCUAAAGACGAUGACACUGUUCCGCUUCGAGUCAAAGAGAUAAGGGGCGAGGAGAUGUCUGCCGCAUUCCUCGGAGCGAUGAUAGGAGCCGUUGCCGAUAGAAAGGAUAUCUCGCUCAUCAAGGGUGAAGGAACAAAGCUCAGCUACGGUCUCCCUGGAACCGCAGAGGGAGCGCGGCGACACGCAUUCUUCGAAGUCGUUUGCGAAACUGCGGCGGCCAUGCUUGACAAGGAAGAUGCGUUCCUUGUUCAGAAGCGUAGGUGGAUCGAGUCACUCAGUUCCUCUCGGCGAGAGAGUGAUCCCGACAAGGUGGACAAAGAAUUGUCGAAACGCAGCCCUCAGUGGCAUGCCGAGCUCUUUGCGAAGUUCUGCCAGCCAGCUUUCGAUCGCUUGAGUGCCAUACUUCAAGCCGCCGGCGAGACCAAGUUUUUCCUCGCAUUGGACGAGUGCACCAUUCUCGGAUCUCCGCUACCGAAUGAACGUGCGCCUUCCCGCAAAAGCUCCUUGAUCGCUUUCCAACGGAUCCUCAAAGCUGCGGAGCAUAUGACAUCGCCUGUGUCUAUCUUGUUUCUUACUCUCGACACUACUUCCUCUGCGUCCAAGCUGGCUCCUCAGGGCCCCCAUGCUCCGUCGCGACGGCUUACCGUUGAUCUAAAGCCGCUACCUCCUUUCACCUACCUGGAUUUCAACCAACUCAAAGACCGCUUCAAGAGGCUCACAGCCUCAUCAUCGCUAGACAUCGAUAACCUGAAAUAUCUAGGUCGUCCACUGUGGUCGACGUUGACGGCAUCCGAGGUUGUGACUUCGGCGAAGGAAAAGCUACUAGCCGCUGAAGAAUUCACUCCAGUGGACCUGAAGCAAGUCCUGGCAGUGUUCGCAUCCAGAGCAUGCCUCAAACUGGCGGGGAACGACGCUGCCAAUCGGAUCGCCGCUGACGCCGUCAGCCAUCACAUGCGCAUCCUCGUCUCCGUGGCGAAAACCACCCUCAUCACCACUGUUCCCUCCGAACCUAUACUCUCCAUCGCCGCCGCCGUCGCGCUCACGGAGUCCUUUCAAACCUACCACAAUGCCCUCAACACGUUAUGCGCCGAGUUGGAACGCCAGAAUUCCGUCCUCGCACCUGGAGAGGCGGGGGAGCUCUGCUGCCGUCUUCUCCUUCUCCUCGCUCGCGAUAAGGCUACUACCGACUUGCAUGGGACCUUCGUCAGAGAGAAGCCGGAGAUGGACAGGUGCUAUAUCCACGCCAUUGGAUUGCACGACUUCUUAUCGACCCUUCUCGGACAGACUCGGUAUGGAUUUCAGGCGCAGGAAGAGGAGGAGUCAGCGGAGGAUCUUCGGUCGCUCUGCGAGGGCUUGUCUAUCAACUUCACUCACUUCAUACAAUACGAGAAGACGAUCGAGGAGCUCACUCUGGACGAGCUCGAGCACGCCUGGUUCUCUGGCGCCGCCAUCCAAUGCUGCCAUAAUCAGCCGGUCAUCGACGUUCUCAUUAUUUACUACAGCGGGCCUAUCGACGAGCCGUUCAACCGGUCAGAUCUCGGAGUAGUCGGCAUUCAGGUCAAAGCCAGAACCAAGCAGGCGUAUGGUGCGGUUGGAGAAGGCUUGACCGUCCCACCCAUUCUUUACCCGAGCGCCAACAAGUCCGAGGCCAGAAAGGUCAAACAUCCGACAAUCGUCAUGCUCAUGGACCUGAGCACCGAGAAGACGUUCCAACAGAACGGAAGGAUGAAAUUUUUGGUAAAGAGAGCGGCAGAGAAAACGAUCAGCUGGUCGGGGUACAUCGCGGACGAGCCUGAGAACAUCUUGAUCAACGUUCGCGGAUGCUCGGCGUUGCAAUAUCCUGUUCUAGAUCGAUUCUCGGAGCCGUUUGGGAAGAUUUUCAAGACCAUGAAGGCAAGUCAGGUACCGGGGGUUUUGGGUGACCUAGAGGAGCGGAUGAUGGUUGCGAUGUACCCAAUCGAAAGGCUGUCGAAAGUGCAAGAGGCUGAGCAAGAGAAGAAGAAGAAGGAGAAAGCGGCGGAGAAUAGGAAGAACAAGAAGGCCGCGAAUGCUGCGAAGAAUACGAAGGACGCGAAGAGCACCAAGAGCGGGAGGAGCAAGGCUCGGGCGCCGAAAGAUGAUAUACAGAGUGAAGAAAGCUUCCCAGAUCUUACAGACAUGCGAGAGGCAUUGUCGAGUGCGGACUCAGAGUAAGUCCUCUGUGAUCUGGCUGCUUCGAUGAGUACGACUUUCUUCCAUUAUGGCAUCGUAGUAGUAUAUUGUUCCUUGUUUGUGCCAUGUCAUAUAGUUGCAUGAGAAUCAUCUAUCCUCCGUAAUUCAUGAUUACCGGUUGUC